UUACGUUGUGAUUUAGAUGAAUUUCGAUCAAUUCAUAUUUUACCCACAAAUCGCGGAACUCUCAGAAAAUUACAAACUGCACAAAAAUGUUUUUGGAAUGGCAUUGAUGAUGUUGAUAUCAGAGUACAACCGAUAUUUGAAAAAUUUGGCGCCAUAUUUGUUAAUAAAGGUUUCGAAAAACGCGAUUUCUCGAGUUGGUUAAAAAUAUCAGAUUAUGUUAUUAAACUUAAAAACGUGACCGGUGUUUUGAAGUGCUUUCUUGCAAACGAAAAUUUUCCAAAAAACAUACAGCAAAAUUUGAAUCCUCAAGAAACGGCUGAUCUAAUUAAUUAUUUAUGCCAUAGGAGUUCUAGUAUUAGCAAUUCACCUGAUCUUAUUGAUGUAAUCAAACAUCUUCCAAUUUUUACCGAAGUUGGUAAAGAAAAUGAAUUUAUAUCCCUAAAAUCCGAUACAAGAUCAUGGUAUUUGCUUCCUCUUGAGGAUGAGAUAGAUUAUGGUCAUAUAAUUGCCCCACAUACUAUUGGUUUUCUUACUGUUACUGAUUCAAAUUUAAGAUUCCUUUUUGAAACUGUUAUCAAGAUUCCAAGAUUAAAGCAAGAAGAAUAUUGGCGUAAAUUUGUGAUUCCAUAUUUAAGUUCUCAGCCUCCUGACAUUUUUAAAAUGAUGCUCACAAAAUUGUUUGAGCGACUUCCACAACUUAUUUCAAGAGAUGCAAGGUUGAAGAACGAUUUAAACAAUAUGAAAUUUAUUCCAGCUGGAACAAUUCUAAUUUCAAAAAAUAAUCAGUUUAUGACUGAAAAAUAUAUAUUGAGAAAGCCGUGUGAUCUAUACGAUCCUGAAAACAAAGAUAUCGCCGAGUUAUUCUUUGAGGAUGAAAGCGUGUUUCCUGUCGGUUCGAAUUUCUCGUAUAGGUAUUUGCCAUGGUUGAAAGAGCUAGGAAUUAAAUCACGUCUUUCUCCAAAUGAUAUCGUUCAACGAAUAGCUAUCUUUGCCAAGCGAAGGGAGGUUGAUAACCUCAUGGACUUGACCCACCAAAAAUCGAUGAAGUUGGUUCAAUACAUUGAUGAAAAUUAUGAUGAACUUAUAUUCUCUGGUAGUCUCGACUCUCAACAAUCAAAUGUUUCUAUUUCCCCAGAAGCAUCACAACUAGCACUCACUUUGAUGAGUAAAGAUUGGAUACCUGCCGUAGAUCAUCUGGGAAAAAAAUUAUUUUUGGAUUCAUCAAAUUGUCGAAGUGAAAAAUAUAAGAAUUUGGUCGGCUUAGUUCUUCCAAUCGUAGAAUAUUCUCCAAGAAGUGACCUUUUUAUAAAGAAUUUACUAUGGGAUUCGUAUCCAUCUGUGGAUAUUACAUGCGACGCAAUAUACGAGUAUUUAAAUGAAUUAUUUACAUUAAAUGAUCAUGAAUCUAUAUCAAAAUUCAAAAAAGGACUUAAGGAAGGGUCCGGAAAGUGGAUUUUAUGUAAUGGAAAACUUUAUUCUUCUGCUAAUGUCGUAUUCGAGUUUGAGAAAGGUUUUACAAGUGGUGCUUUAGAGAUUGUUCAACUUCCAUGCGAAUAUAGAUUUAAAUACAGAAAAAUGUUUGAAGAAAUGGGAGUUAGACAAAAAAUUGGAAUUUCGGAUUUUAUUGAGAUGGCAAAGGAAUAUCAAUAUUGGGACACUACAAAGACAUUGACAAUUGAUGAAAUACGUAAUAUUGUUAUGCUCAUUGAUCACAUUUCACAAAGAAUUGUUGAGCCAAAGCCAACUGGUCUUAAUUAUAGCCAAGCAAUAAAAAAUUUAAAGGACAGUUAUGGCUUAGAAACAUUAUUUAUUCCAAGUACCGAUUGUCAAUUAGUUGAGUUAAGUGAAAUUCUAUACGAUGAUAUGCGGAACAACAGAUUAGACGAAGAAAGGAAAAAUGAUUUUAAAAUCGCACAUUCUUUGAUUUCAUUUGGCAUCGCAAAAUCACUUGGGAUGCGGAUGCUUUCCGAAAAAUUACUUGAUGAAUCUGACGAUUUUAAUGAUGAACAUGAAGAUUAUGAACAGAGAUUAUCCACUCGUUUCUUUAUUCAAAGAAAUGCGGACGAUGCCGGAGCUAAAAAGUUCCAUUUAAUCGCAGAUGAAAGGUCUUUUAACACGCCAAAAUCUAAUUCUUCAUUAUUAACUCCUGAAAUGAGCCUAUGGCAAGGGCAUGCAUUAUGGAUAUAUAAUGAUUCAGAGUUUACUGAAAAAGAUUUUAAAUCGCUUCGAAAUUUAGGAAGAAGCGAAAAAUCAAAAGAUAAUUCUAAAAUUGGAAGAUUUGGAAUAGGAUUAAACUGCUGUUACCAUAUAUCAGAUGUGAUAAGUUUUGUAAGUGGUGAAUAUAUCACAUUCUUAGAUCCAUCACAAAAAUGGUUACCCAAGACCGGUAAUCCUCCAAGAAAGCCUCGUGGUAUACGAAUAAAAUUUAUCGAAAAGGAUUUCAAGAAAAGAUAUUCUGAUCAAGCCAUGCCAUAUAUGGAUAUUGAAGGGUGUGAUUUUAGUAAAAAGUUUAACGGGACUUUAUUUAGGAUACCUUUGAGAACAAAACAGUUUGCAUCACAAAGUGAGAUAUCAGAUAAAGCUUUGUCUCUUAAUGAAUUGGUCGCUCUGUUUAGUAGAAUACAAGGAAGUCACGAAAUGCUAUUUUUAAGGAAUAUCGAAAGUUGUGGUUUACAUCACAUUAGUCAAGAUCGAAGUCGAAAAGUAUUUUGGGAAUCCAAGAUCGAUAACUUAACGGAUCUUAUCCGUGAACAACGACUCCUGCUUUCUUCUGAACCACAGUUAUUUCAACUUGAAAUUGAAACAGCUAAUAAAUUAAGGGGUUUAAGCAUGAAUUCUGAAAUUUGGCUUAUUUGUUCUGGUGGAGCUGAUAUAGUUGCAAAUUUUGAUGUGAAAGCAUUUUCUCUCAAGAACAAACUUUUACCAAGAGGUGCCGUUGCUUCACAACUUGCACAAUCUAAUAAAUCAUUAGAUAUGCUAAGAAUGAAACCGUUUCCAAAUCCUCCGCAACUCAGGGGUAGAAUGUAUUCAUAUUUAUCUUUACCAAUUCUUACGAGUUUAAAUGUUCAUCUUAAUGGAACAUUCGCUCUUUCUAGUGAUAGGAAAAGCCUCUUACAAUAUGAUAGCGAUUUCGUGCCUUUGGAAACUCUAGAAAACAAAUGGAAUGAAUAUAUUUUAUUCAAUGUUCUUCCACCUUUACACGCAAAACUUUUAGAACAUAUAGCGUCAUUAGAUUAUGAACGAUUCUUACAGGCGCCAAAGAAAAAUUUUGAACCAAUUACAUCCACUAUACUAUGGCCAAUUGUUAGAGAAACAAAUCAGACAUACAGAGACUAUGGAAAAAAAUUAAUGGAAAAAUUGGAAAAAGGGAAUCAUAAGAUUUUUUGGACCCUCGCGAACGGAGGAAUGUUUACUUCUCAUAAAGAUGCUUAUUUUGCAGCACCUAAUGACAAACAAAUUGCUAGUGUUCUUGCGAUUCUAAAUAUACCAACCGUAAGAUUAACCCAAGAUCAAUUUGAUGAUCUUAUUAAAUUGCUUCCAAUGUCCAAAACUAUCACCGUUCAAUUGAUUUGUAAUACUUUUCAUGAAUGUUCUGACGUCUGGAAUUCUUUUGAACAACCUUGCGACCUGGUUAUUAGUUUAUUGGAGUUCAUUUUCAAAAAAGAUGAAACGAUCACAGAUUUUCGUGGACUUACUUUGGUACCACUACUAGAUGGAACUAUUGGAACAUUUGGUUAUCAAAAUUACUAUAUCGCAGCAUCAACAAAAAUGAAAAACUUAUUUAAAAAUGUGGAACCGUCCAAAUUUGUUGCUGAACUUCCAACGGGACUUGAUAUGAAAUUUAAAGAUGAAGAUUUUUGCCGUAUUAAUGGAAUCAAAAUUCUUGAUUGUGAUGAGUCUGCAGUUCUUGAAUUAUUGGAGUACGAAUUACCUCGUGAUCAAGAAAUAUAUUGGAAUCCUUCUGGUGACUUACAUCCAAACCAACAAUGGAUAGAUCAGAUUUUUAAAAUAUUUACGGUUGAAAAAGCACAAUACGAUUUCAAAGAAUUUUCAAGGUUUCCAUUAUUGCCAAUGGAAUUGCCGGAAAAAAAACUCGUCUUAUUUAAUUCCAAUGAACCUUUACUACGUUUAUCUUCGGAUUGCUAUGAAUAUGGUUCAAUGGUUCCAAUAUUAGCAAAGCUAGGAGUUAGGUUUACAAAUAAGGACCCUCCUCAAAAUAAUGGACUUAACCUAAAUCUUGCAGCUAUUAGAGAAUGCAUUCUUAUAGCAACCCCAACGAACAUGGUUGACUCUCUUAAGAGAGCUGUUUUAAAAUCACCGAAUACAUUAGAACAAAUAUUUUCAAGUCUUAAUUUAGACGAAGUUGAAAAGUGUAGAGAUUUUGUUAGGAAUGCAUCCAGAAUUAAUUUGGAAAAUGAAGUUAUGCUAUACCUAGGCACAUUGCCAAUUUGGCCUACACAAUCGCAAAAAAAUAAUUUUAUUUCUGCAAGAUCUGGUAUAUUGCUACCAAUGGGUAUCCCAUUUUUCCCAUCCCGUCGAGCUACAAACAUUAUUUCUGUGAAAUCAGACGAAGAUUAUAACAUGUUUGUUUCACUUGGAACUAAACAAAUUGAGACGUUCGAAUACAUCAAAGAAUAUUUAAGCCCUCACUUUGAAAGCAUUAAACCAAAUAAACAAUUCAUAGAUUUCUUAGUAAAAGUUCUUUCAUUGAGAGACCUUAAAAUUGAAUAUUAUCUUAAAUCAAUUCCCAUAAUUCCAAAUAAGUCACUUACAAAGCUUUACAAAGCGGACCAAUUGUACUCAGAAGAUGAAGAUCUAUUCCGUACAAUCUUUAAAGGUUCUGAUAAAUUCUUGCCACUUGAUUUACAAGAAAACAAUAGCUGUCUACAAAGUCUGGAAAAUAUGGGUCUAAAUAUUCAUAUAAACCCUCAAACAUUUAUGUCCUGCGCUAGAAAAAUUCAUUCUGACUUGCAGCAACCCGAUAUUCAAUUUAGUACCAUGAGAUCUCGAGCAAUAACUUUGAUCAGUUAUUUGUAUGACCAUCCAACGGAUUUAAAUUUCUCAGAUCAACAAUGGAGUGAAUUGACAUGCAUUAAAUUUGUGCCCGCUGAAAUGGAUUUUAAAAGCCCAUAUAAUGAACACGCUCGGAAAACCACUGGAUUUGAAUCUUUGAAAUCGUUGCGUUGUCAUGAAUAUAAACAUCUUUGUUGGACAAGGUGCCUAUUAUUUGACAAAGCCGUUGAUCCGCCUAAAAAAUUUUUGGAAAAAUAUCCUAUGCUAGGUAAACCUUUAUUUUCAGAAAUAAUUAAUAAUUGGAAGUAUGUUGCGUCAAAGGUAUUUCAAUCCAAUGGAGCUGCUUCAUCGUGGAGAUCAAGUGAUGCGUUAACCAUAUUGAAAGAAAUAUAUACAUAUUUAAAUGAUAUGAUAAAUUUGGAUAAUGAAAAUAGGGGAAAUAUAAAAACCUUGAAAAAAACAUUUUCAACCGGACCUGCUAUUAAACUAUUUUUAAAUAGUGAAGAUCCAUUUGAUCUCGAUAGUUGGUUGACAGGACAAAAUUUAGUGUUUGGUAUCAAAGAAAAUAUUUUACCAGGUUUAUAUAAAGUUCACCCGUUUUUACAAGAGUAUAAAGAAUUAUUGAAAAUUGCUGGUGCAAAGGAAUUAAAAGCUGUUGAACCCGACGUCAAUGUCAGAAUACAUUCACAGAAAGAUGAAUUGGUUAAGGAACUGAUAAACAGCUUUGAAAAGCAAAAUGAGACGAAACAUCACGAUGUUGUCUUUUGUAUUUCUGGUGAUGAUAGAAUUGAAAAAGUUUACGCUAAUCGAUAUGCUCUUUCUGCAUCCUCAAAUUAUUUCAGAGCAAUUUUUUGUGGACAAAUGAUUGAAUCUACCGAAUUUCAAAGAGCAACCGUGGAAAUAAAAGACAUUCAACCUGACACAUUUCGAAUUCUUAUACGCUGGCUCUACGGCCAAUCAUUUGAAGAGGCCACUUCAAACAUGUUUGAAGCAUCUGAAGAUCAAUCUUCAGAUUUUGAAGCAAGAUGUUUAUUAUUCUUGAUAGAUUUGCUUAAAGCAUCCGAUAUAUAUCAAGUAGAUCCGCUUAAAGAUAUCGUCGAAGAAAAAAUAAUUACUAAAUCAUACAUUAAUGUUAAUAAUGUAGUCGAAAUUUUAGAAUGGGCUCGAGAAUGUAGAGCACCUCAACUAGUGAAUUAUUGUGAAAAAUAUAUUAAAUUAAACAAGGAACUUAUAAUACAAAAGAGGAAGGAUAACAUAAAUAAUGCAGAAAAUGAAGAAGAUAGGCAAUUGGAAAAGGAUAUGCUAAAUUGUUUAUAUCAAAAGUAUUAA